UAAAACAUGUCAUCGGAUUUCCUCUACAACACUCGUCUUUGAUCCUCUCUACCCACCAAAAACAAUAUAACCAAGGUGGCGCCAAAACUGCUCAUUUACCCGCCAUAAAUUGAAAUUGAAAAUCCAAGAUACACUUAUAAGCAGUUUUCAGUUUUCACUCCUUUCUAAAAUCACAAUUCACAAACCCACAAAUUUAUAAACACCAAAACAUUGUCAAAUGAAGAAGAAAAACCAAAAAUCCGUGGAAGAAGAAAAACAGGAAGAGCAACAAAAAAAGUGGUUGCUGAAAACAGAAUUUGAAGAAUGGUCAUGGGAAGAUCAAGCAGCAAAUGAAGGAAAAACAAAAUGGGAUGGUGUGAAAAACAAGCAAGCUCAAAAAUAUCUCAAGUCCAUGAAAAUUGGUGAUUUAUGUUUCUUCUACCAUUCAGGCAUCAAAGCACGCAGCGUUGUGGGCGUAGUUAAAGUGGUUAAAGAAUUUUACGACGACGGCGAUGAUGGCGGAGUGGCAGUUGAUGUGGAGGCUAUUGGGGAAAUGAGGAGGCCAGUGCAUUUGGCGGAAAUGAAGGCGGAUGAGCGGCUGAAAGUGUCGGGGUUUACGUUGUUCCGGCAGCCAAGAUUAUCGGUGGUGGCGGUGUCCGAGGAGGUGUGGAAGAAUGUGUGUGAGUUGGGUGGUGGAUAUGAAGGAGAUGGUAUGGGUGGUGAACAAGAUUGAGGUUUAAGGAGAAGGCCUUGUUUUGGAGGGAAGGGUUGUUUAUAUGUUUUGGGUUUGAUGUUUUGAGACACUAAGGCUACGUUAGGUAGGACGUAAUAGAGGACAACAGUUUUUUUGGAAAACGUUUUACGCCCUAUCAAACGGAGUUUAGGUGAAACAAUCUUUGGUGGUUUGAUGGCCUUGGUACUAAUGCUAUUUUAGAAGUUUCUUGUGAUUAUUGAGGUGUUUUGUUAGUUUUUGGCUUUUAGGGUAGGGUGGAAAUCUUUUAUAAUAGUAUUGUUGAAGAAAUUUAUGGAUGUUAAGAGUUUUAAAUUAGUAUAGAAAGAGGGUUUUAGAAUCGUAAAAAUGAUACG